AGAUUACUAUGGUGUCUUGACAAAUAUAAUUCAAUUUGAUUAUUUUGGGGACAAUAAAUUUUUUUUUGUUCGAAUGUGAUUGGUGGGACGUUGGCAACGAAGGUAGAGGAAUUCAAACAGAUAAAUAUGGCUACACUAGUGUCAAUAUCACAAGAAAGUGGAAUACCAAUUAGCCAUUUGUGCUAGCAUCUCAAGCAGAACAAGUUUUUUAUGUCCAAGACUUGAAGUUAGGCAGUAAUUGGAAAGUAGUGGUAAGGACACAAGCUUGAGACUUGUAUGAUAUACCUGCUAAAGAAGAUGAGGAGACAGUCUUGGAUGAUGGGCCCUACCAACAAAAUGAGUCAUCCAAUGUAGCUGACACAUGGAAAGCUAGUGAUAAUGAUUUAGUGUGGCAACGGGAUGAUAUUCCUCCAGUACCUAUUGAUUCAAAUCUUGUAAUGCAUGAGGAAGAGGGUGCUGAGCAUAUUGACACUUUCAUCAGUGAUGAAAGUGAAGAGGAUUCUCCUUUUAUGGAUUCUAAUACCGAGGAAGAUGAAAUGAACACUGAUGAUGAUAGUGAGACUAAUAGCUUGAUGUAGUUUGAUGCAUACAAUUUGUUCUGAGCUGGAAUGUACUGGAUAGACUCUAGACAUGACUAGUAGAAUCCGAGGAAGAGGUGGCCGAGAAGAAGGUUGCAUAGAGCAAGCCUCACAGGUAGAGCAGUCUACAUUAGAGUCAAGGCCUUCUGAGCCUAGACAGGUUGAGACAUCUGGGAAGAGAGGACGGGGGAAAACUAGAGGUAUAACAUUUGCAAAAAAGAGACGUGCAGAGGAGAAGCCAGAGGUGUAUAUUCCUCCAAAACUGAUGCGAGCUGUCAGCAACAAUGCCCAACAAUUAAUCACUGAGUUGGGCAUUAUUGUCAGGCAGAUGGCCCCACUGCAAUUUCCCAAAUGGAAGGCCAUCCCAAUUGAUGAUAAGAAGAAGAUGUGGUAUGCUUCGAAGCAAAAGUUCACUCUCAAAGAAGACCCUUGCAUUGAGGAAGCUAUAUACCAGCAGCUAAAUCGGCAAUAUAGGGACCAUCGACACAGGCUGCAUAAGAAUUAUUAUUGUAAAUAUGCCAAUGAUGAGAUUAGACUUCAAAAUUGUCCGCCGGAUGUGAGCCCGAAUUGCUGGGCUACUCAUUGGUUAUUUUGGAUCUGUGGACUUCAAGGUUUUGAUGAGCGUACAUACAUGGAGAUGAUUAUGUUUGAUAUCCCUUUAAACCAAGUGAUUGCGGAUAUAACAGAAUAUGAAUUUGAAGUGGUUGUUGGGAUACCAUCAUGGAUGUUUAGAAUUGUUUCUCAGAGCGACCUUAAGAGGCUAGAGGCUCAAUCAAUGGAGGAAGGAGCUACCCCCAUGGCUAAGGAUCAGAGGUUUGAAGCAGUGCUCGGUCCGGAAAAAUCAGGAUAUAUACGUGGUCGUGGGGCUGGUCCAAAGCCCACAACAUCUACAGUUGGACAGUGCAUCCGUGCACAACUAGAGAAGGAGAAUGAGGAAUUGAAGAGGCAAGUUGAAACAAAUAGGAUGCGUUGGAGAAGGAAAACAGUGAUAUGGCUUCUCGACUAG